CAACAUUAUUGUAUUCCAAGAAACAUCAUCGUUUCUUUCUGGCAUACGUUGAAAUACAGAAUGAGCUAACUCCAAUUUUCGAGCUCUCAAAAGCCCACUGAUAACCGAAUUCCAUGUCACAAUACUCCUUUCUGGCAUGGACUCAAACAGCCCAAUUGCAGAUUCUAUCUCUCCACGGCUCAUACACCGUCCAAUCAACGUAUUCCACGAGACAACAUCUCUUUUAGGCAUAUAGUCAAACACCUUUCGAGCCAAACCCAAAUCCCCACAACAGUUGCCAUAAAAAUCCAUAAGCGUAUUCAUAACAAACACACUUGAUUCAAAUCCUAACUUCACAAUCUGAUUAUGCACUAUUUCACCAUCUCCCAACGCCUCAAAAGACUCAAAACAUCUCAAAAGAAAAGUGAAUGUGAAACUGUUAGGCGAAAUCAUUGAGGUUCUCAUCUUUUUAUAAGUCAAUUUUAGGAUCGAAAUCCUAAAUUCUAAACCACCAGAGUGGUCUCAGCUCCAGUUUAGAAUGCUGGUUGACAGCCCAUGAAAGCCUUUAAACACAUAGAUCACCAGUCAAAUUUGCAAUGAUAGAAGCUGCACGAAUCCGGCUCAAUGGGUGGCAGAGGGUUGCUGUAGCACUUGGUUCAGCAGCAGGGGCAUUACUGGACCCACGAAGAGCAGAUCUCAUUGCUGCUUUGGGGGAAACAACAGGACGACCUGCUUUUGCAAAGGUGCUUGAAAGGAUGGAGAGGAGUCCCGAAGGCAGAGCUGUAUUGAAGGAGCGUCCACGUGUCCUUUCUACAGAAGUCGGUCAUGCAUGGGACCUACCAUCUAACACAUUUGGUGCUGCAUAUGCAAGAUUCAUGGGAUCUAGAAAUUUCUCUCCUGAUGAUCGGCCACCUGUGCGAUUCAUGGAGACCGAAGAGCUGGCUUAUGUGGCAAUGCGUGCUCGCGAGGUUCACGACUUCUGGCACACUCUAUUUGGCCUCCCUACCAAUUUAAUUGGUGAAUCAGCUCUUAAGGUGAUAGAGUUUGAACAAAUGCUACUUCCCAUGUGUAUGAUGUCUGUUGUGGGAGGUACCGCUAGAUUCAGCGAGAAGCAGAGAAGGUUGUUCUACCAACAUUACUUUCCUUGGGCCCUAAAGGCUGGUUUGCAGUGCACAGAUCUAAUGUGUGUCUAUUACGAAAGGCACUUUCAUGAAGAUUUGGAGGAUGUUCGACGAAAGUGGGGAAUAAUUCCUGCACCUUUGCCGCCUAGAUCGGAUGGGGUCUAAAAGGUGAAGAUAUUACAACUUUUAAACCAAUAAGAAGAAUCAUGUCGUCUUACUGGUGACAUUUAGUUGUCUAUCUGCUGCUUUUUCUUUCAUCUGUAUUUAACCAAUUUCAAACAAAUCAGCAUAGUUACAGAGCCUGGAGGAAUGAUAUUUUCCUGCAAUAUACACAAUUCUGUGUAAAGAUGUAUCUAUUUGCAAGGAUUGCGGAAAGAGUAUGAUUUGAAUAGAGCUCUUGGAUACCUGUUUUUGAGUUC